AUGUUCAAACAAGUGUUAAAGUCAUCCUCUUCUUCCGCAUUGCUAUUCAAGAAUGCACAAUGUCUCGGAAUGAAAUCUAUUCUUUCUCACCAAUCUAGAUUCUAUGCUACUGCCGCUUCAAAACAUAUCAUUCCGAUCAAGACUGAAGAAGAAUUUGAGAAUUAUUUGACAACAAUGAAAGUACCUACUAUUAUUGAUGUUUAUGCUGAUUGGUGUGGUCCAUGUAAAAUGCUCUCUCCAAUCUUGCAAAGUGUGAUUGAGGAUUUACGUGGCCAUGUCCAAUUAGUGACUAUCAAUUCCGAUCAAUCACCAGAGCUUGCCUCAGCCCUCGAUGUUGAGGCCUUACCAACACUUAUUUUCGUUCAACCUGGACCAAAAUUUGUUUACAAACAUGUUGGCUUGGCAGACAAGGCCAAUAUUAACACUCUUGUCAAGAAACAUCUUGGAGUUGAUUUCGCCAAUGUCAUCAAGAAUACUCCAUAA